UGCUCCUGGCUCCUCCCUGUUGGGCAGCUGCCAAACUGCGUUGCUAUCUGUUUCCUUGAAAUGUGCAGCUCUGUGCGCUGACAGCUCAGCUGUUGUGGAAGGCAGCUGGUGACACAGAGGCCGUGAAAACAUGGGUUCUUCCGGAAGCCAACCUGCCCAGGAACCUCCACCACGACCCAAAGCUGCGGAACCUGAACCCGAACCCAAAACUGAGGAACCUCCACCGCAGCCCAAACCUGAGGAACCUGAACCCGAACCCAAAACUGAGGAACCUGAACCAGAACCCAAAGCUGCGGAACCUGAACCAGAACCCAAGUCUUAUCCAGUUCCUUACUCUACCUCCAUCCCAGAGGGGCUGCACCCAUCCAAGGUCAUCACUGUGUCAGGCGACGUGCUGCCCAAUGCUAGGAGGUUCCAUAUCAACCUGCGCCGUGGGGCUGACAUCGCCUUCCACUUGGGCACUCGAUUCAAUGAAAACACUGUGGUCAGAAACUCUCGAAUCAAUGGCACCUGGGGGCCAGUGGAGAAAGACUUGCCUGUCAACAUCCCCUUCAUCCCAGGAUGCAGCUUCAAGGUGGAGAUCAUAUGUGAAGCAAACUGCUACAGAGUGACCGGGGACGGCCAACACCUGCUGGCAUACACCCACCGCCUGAAGGACCUGACAGCCGUCAAUGCCCUGGAAGUAACUGGUGACAUCAAGCUUACUGAUGUGCAGGUCUAGGCGGGCUCAAGAGCCCAGUGAAGGGCCAUGGACAUGGCGAUCUCUGUUCCCUCCCUGUCUUCUUCCCUUCUCAGCCCAGCUUCUGAGCCCUGUCAUCUGAGCAGAUGUGCCCUGAGGUGGGACACACAGGUGUCCUCCAGGUCCCUCCCUCCUUUGAAGCGAGGGAGGACCUGAGCCUUCCGUGCUCCAGCCCAGGGCCAUUAUGCAUAAGGCUGUCAAACCCCUUCCUUUCCCCUGUGCAGCCCCACGCUAGUCCCAAGGCACAGCUGUGCACCUCAGGGACUGGGGCCCUCCACAGCCCCCGUUCCUGUGACCUUUACCUUCCCUCCCUGGCUUUGCACCCUGCCUCGACACUGCUCCAUCUGGGGAGGCUGCCCUGUGACACCUGCUGGCUUCCACCCACUGAGCAGACCUUUCUCAGCAGUGGGCUCUUCCCUGUCCUAGCCUCCUUAAAAUAAAAAAAAAAAUGCUGUUGCUCUUGGCACACACCCA